AUGAACAGUGAAGUAUCUCACGUUGUUCUUUUGCAACCAAUGUCGCUUACCGAAACCGACAAAUCUCAGCAGUCGUCAAAUCCUGGUUUGUUACCUGGUUCCGAAUCUUCUCCAUGUGCAGCUUCAAAUUCUGAAUGCGGCGAUAUUCGGUCAUAUGAAUGGGUAGCUUCCGAACCAGUUGUUAAGGCGCCAGGUGUGGAGCGGGGAAGUUUAUGUGGUAAUCAAACUUCUGUAAGCAGAUUAUCAAGUGCUCUUUAUUCUGGCGGAGCACUGCUUUGUGUUUCUGGUACUGAAAAAAAUUCGAGAAAUGGGCAUCAGAAUAUGCGUCAUUCGGGCCGUUUUGGUGGUUCUUGUGUGCUGUUGUAG